CUUUGAAUACCCAGAAAAUUAGACAGCGUAUCUCGCCGCUCUCCUAUUUGUCUGUUUGCUGGCUUCCUCCGCUCUUUUCAGGAGUUAGAUUUCCGCCUCCUCCUCGUCAUCGGCGAAGUGUAGAAUAGAGGUUGAUCUUUAGGGUUAGCACAUGCCCAGUGCCAGUAGACCCUCUCUCUCCCACUCGCUCCCUCUCGCUUCCGCGUCGCAUGUAGUCAACGAUCAGUUCAUUUUGAUUCGGAUCUAGGGAUGGGCGGGGGGUCCGACGGCAAGAACGGCCGAGAAAUCCUCUGCGACGCCCUCGCCGGAGCAUCCGCAGGGGCCGUAGCUGCGACCUUCGUCUGCCCGCUGGACGUGAUCAAGACGCGGCUUCAGGUCCAUGGUCCGCCGGAGGUGUGCCCCUCCUCUUCCCACCGCAAUAUCAUUAUUUCAAGCCUAAAACAAAUCAUAAAAAAAGAAGGUGUGAGUGGCUUAUAUCGUGGUCUUACUCCAACAGUCACUGCACUGCUUCCAAACUGGGCUGUGUAUUUCCCUGUUUAUAAUCAUCUGAAAAGCCUACUUCAUUCACAUGUGGAUGAAAAUAAUGAGCUUUCGGUUGGUGCAAAUAUACUUGCUGCUGCAGGUGCAGGAGCUGCAACAGCUAUUACCACCAAUCCAUUAUGGGUUGUUAAAACUAGACUUCAAACUCAAGGAAUGAGGGAUGAUGUAGUGCCAUAUAAAGGUAUGUUAUCUGCAUUAAGAAGAAUUAUGCUUGAAGAGGGAAGGAGAGGUCUAUACAGCGGCCUUCUUCCUUCUUUAGUGGGGGUUAGCCACGUUGCUAUUCAGUUUCCAUCAUAUGAAAAGAUCAAGUCUUACUUGGCACGAAAAGAAAACACUUCAGUGGAUAGGCUUAGUCCAAAAGAUGUAGCUAUUUCUUCUUCCUUAUCUAAAAUAAUUGCAUCGACUUUGACAUACCCACAUGAGGUGAUACGAGCCAGACUACAAGAACAAGGCCAUGCCCGCAACAAUAGCAACAAAUAUGCAGGCGUGACUGACUGCAUUAGGAAGGUAUUCCAUCAAGAUGGCAUCCCUGGUUUUUACCGCGGCUAUGCCACAAACUUGCUGAGAACUACUCCCAGUGCUGUUAUUACAUUCACAAGUUAUGAGAUGAUUCAUCGGUUUUUCCUCCAAGCAAUCCUUUCCUGAGCAGAAGCAUAUACAAAGCCGGUAUACCAUCCAUUUGACAGAUUGGUUGAUGGUUGAAUAAGGUAACAAGAAUCACCCGGCGAAGACACUGCAACCAUCAAUUCCAAGUUUUGAACAAAUACCUAACACUGCAGACAGGACCGCGCCUUCAAGAAUGACACGACAAAAAUCUUUAAAAUAUCUGAUUCUCUAGGUGAACAAAAUAAUUCGAGGUGUGCAACAGCUUCUGUCCCUGAAACAGAUGAAUUUUGUCUUGAUUUUUUUCAUGGAGCGAGGCAUCCGGAGCUUGGAAAAUAGCCUCUCUUAUUUAUUACUGGAACAAUUUGUAUAUCAUUCCUAUCUUUGCACUGUUGCAAAGAAUGUUUAGGGUUAGUUCAUGUCUUUAAAGUUUAAACAAAAGAAUGUUUCUUGUUAUCAUUAGUCUUCAAUCAAACUAUUAAGUAUUCACAGAUGGAA